UUCUUAUGCCACACUUGCCUGAGUUUUUGCUUCAACUCCUACAAGGCUUUCUCCAAAACCCAAAACCAAACCAAAACCAAAUCAAACAAAUCCAUUCCCUCCUUAUCACCUGCGGAAACCUCCUCUGCAGUAAUUCAAAAUGGAUGAACACCCUUCUUUACAACGCUUUAAUAAGAGCCUAUCUGAGUUUUGGACAUGCUCACUACCCCUCCCUUAUCCUCUUCAACCAUAUGCUUGCCCACAAAGCCCCACCCAACAGCCACACCUUCCCUUCCCUCAUCAAAGCUGCUUCUUCCUCCUCACCAUCUUUCGCCACAUCUCUCCAUUCUCAAGCUCUCAAACGCGGUGUUCUGCGUGACCCUUUUAUACAAACUUCAUUUUUAUGCUUCUAUGCCCAAUAUGCUCUACUUUGUGAUGCACGUAAGAUGUUCGGGGAAAUCACCCAACCGUGCAUUGUUGCCCACAAUGCCAUGCUUGACGCUCUCACCAAGAAUGGAGAUAUGGGUUCUGCUCUUUUACUCUUCAAACGCAUGCCUGAGCGAGACGUGGUGUCGUGGACUAGUGUUAUUAAUGGGUUUGGAAGAAAUGGAUGCUUCCAUGAGGCAAUAGAGUUGUUUGGUCGGCCGAAUGAAGCUACAUAUGUUAGUGUGAUUUCUUCCUGUGCUAAUUUUGAUGGAUGUGGUGCUCUUUAUCUGGGAAAGCAAAUACAUGCAUAUAUUAUUAGGAAUCAAACUUUAUUGACAGCCUUUAUUGGCACCGCACUUAUAGAUCUUUAUGGUAAGACCGGUUGUUUGAAAAGCGCUGCAAAUGUUUUUAACCAAAUAGUAUUUAAGGAAAUUUGCUCUUGGAAUGCAAUGAUUUCAGCCCUUGCAUCCAAUGGUAUGGAGAAGGAGGCUUUGGACUUGUUUGAAACAAUGAAGAAAGAAGGUUUGCAGCCUAACAAGGUUACCUUUGUUGCAGUACUCACUGCCUGUGCUCGUGGCAAACUUGUGGAGUUAGGCUUGGAGUUGUUUAGGUCAAUGUCUCUCGACUUUCGAAUUGUACCAAUAAUGGAGCAUUAUGGUUGUGUUGUUGAUCUGUUGGGAAGAGCAGGACUUUUGAGGGAGGCUGCGGAGUUUAUUAAGAGUAUGCCUUUUGAACCUGAUGCUUCUGUAUUAGGAGCUCUUAUAGGGGCUUGUAAGAUUUAUGGAACCACUAAGCUGGGAAAUGAAGUGGGAAAGAAACUGCUUCAGUUGCAGCCACAACGCUGUGGAAGGUAUGUGGCUUUAUCAAAUAUUAAUGCUGGGAUGGAGAAAUGGGAUAGUGCUGCUACUCUAAGAAAAAUGAUGGUGGAUGUGGGAAUUCGGAAAAUUCCAGCUUACAGUAUGAUUGCUUUAAAUCAAAUUCAAGCAGUACAUUCUGUUGAAAACCAUUGAUUUGC